AUGGCCACCACACCAGCUGGCCGCAUGCUGUCUCGCCAGCUUCAAUACAUGCAAUCGGAUAAGGAUCUACCAGGGAUUAGUUGCGGUCUCGUGGAUAGCAAUGUGUUUGAGUGGGAGGUCAUGCUCAUGAUCUCUGACGAUGUCAAGCUCUAUGGCGGCGGUUUUUUUCGUGCUCGGCUCUCCUUCCCCUCUGAGUAUCCUCACAUGCCACCGAAAAUGAAGUUCGAGCCACCUCUAUUCCACCCUAACAUCUACCCCAAUGGCGAAGUCUGCAUCUCAAUCCUCCACCCUCCCGAGGAAGACAAAUACGGCUACGAAUCUGCCGCAGAGCGCUGGUCACCCGUCCAAACGCCCGAGACUAUCCUCCUGUCCGUCAUUUCAAUGCUCUCUAGCCCGAACGACGAGAGUGCUGCCAACGUCGAGGCUGCCCGUCUGUGGAGAGACGACCCCAAGGAGUUCAAGAAGCGUGUCCGCAAGUGCGUCCGCGAGAGCCUUGGGGAGGAGUAACUUUUCUACGGAUUAAUGUCGCCUUAAAUACGUCCACCUUUUUUUCUUUGUUUCUUCUCUCUAUCCGGAAUCUCGAUCUGUUUUUCUGGGGUCAUACAACGCACAGGUGUUGGGAGUUCUUCGAGUUGAUGGCCCUUUUUAUUUACUUACCUACUUGUUUCUCCUUCACCGUUCCUGGACUCCACUUUCAGUAUAGACGAUUCAAGUCAACCCGGUCCUUUACCUAUCGGGUUGUUUUGGCCUCUUUUGGAAUUAUCAUACGUCCUUGGUUGGUCCUUUUGGGCAUCAUAUCAUGGUGGAAUGGUUUUAUUUCUUGUUCUUCGUUUUGCGCUGCAUAUCAUCUUAGCACAGCUUGCCUAGGUAUAUAUUUAGCAUCGAGUUCUGGGUUAAUGGUCAAUGAAGAAUAUAUUCAAUUAUGGAUCGU